AUGAAUCAAGAAAACGCGGUUGAUACGUCGCAAUCCACGUCCAGAUUUGAGACUCCCGAAUACGAUUUGUCGGGUUUUGCCGGUUACAACAAGCAGAUAUCGGUUGCUGAUCGAAAAUUGAAGUAUAUCGUCCGGGAUGAAAAACAAGCGUUUAAUGUCGAGGAAACCGCAAAAAGAUUUAGCUAUCUCUUGGGACUGACUACUCUUUUCAAGCAUUUCAUCAAUUCUAAGGCUGAGAAGGACUCCAGGUUCAGGCAGGUAUUGGACCUAAUCCAAUCAGAUAACAGGUAUAGACCUAAUAGAGACGGCAACGAUCACAGACGCCGCAAGACCGAAAAGGAGGAAGAUGCCGAGCUGUUGAAUGAAGGCCAGGACGAUGAAAUCUUUGAAUUCAACGAAUCGCCGGGAUAUGUUGAUGGUGAGCUGAGGCCUUAUCAAAUCCAGGGUUUGAACUGGUUGAUAUCGCUUUAUCAGAACCAUCUUUCGGGUAUAUUGGCCGACGAAAUGGGUCUGGGCAAGACUCUUCAGACCAUAUCCUUUCUUGGAUACUUGCGUUAUAUCCGUUGUGUCCCAGGCCCACAUCUUGUUGUUGUGCCUAAGUCUACUCUUGAUAAUUGGAGAAGAGAAUUCAACAAAUGGACUCCUGAGGUGAACGUCUUGGUCCUCCAGGGUGACAAGCAGGAGAGAGAUGAUCUCAUCAAGAAUAGGCUGAUGACCUGCGAUUUCGAUGUCGUUAUUUCUUCGUAUGAGAUUGUUAUCAGAGAGAAGUCCAGUUUCAGAAAGUUCAACUGGGAGUAUAUUGUGAUUGAUGAGGCCCAUAGAAUCAAGAACGAGGAGUCCUUGCUUUCCCAGAUUAUCAGAAUGUUCCACUCGAAGCAGAGAUUGUUAAUCACCGGAACUCCAUUGCAGAACAAUCUUCAUGAGCUUUGGGCCCUUCUGAAUUUCAUUCUUCCAGAUGUCUUUGCAGAUUCUGAGACUUUUGAUGAAUGGUUCCAGAGCAGUGGAAAAGUUGAGAAUGGAGAAGAAAGUGAGGCUAGGAACGAGGACAGCGAUCAAGGCUCCGUGGUUCAGCAACUCCACAAGGUCCUUCAGCCGUUCCUGUUGCGUCGUAUCAAGUCGGACGUCGAAAAAUCUCUUCUUCCAAAGAAGGAAGUGAACGUUUACUUGGGCAUGACCGAGAUGCAAAGACAAUGGUACCAGUCUAUUCUCGAGAAGGAUAUCGACGCUGUCAAUGGCGCCAACGGCAAGCGUGAGUCCAAGACAAGAUUGCUCAAUAUCGUGAUGCAACUCAGAAAAUGCUGCAACCAUCCGUACUUAUUUGAAGGCGCAGAACCCGGUCCUCCGUAUACCACGGAUGAACAUUUGGUGUACAACUCUCAGAAGCUGAAGGUGUUGGACAAACUGCUGAAAAAGUUCAAAGAAGAAGGCUCUAGGGUCUUGAUAUUCUCCCAGAUGAGUCGUAUGCUGGAUAUCCUGGAAGACUACUGUGUUUUCAGGGACUAUGAAUACUGCCGCAUUGACGGCCAGACUGACCAUGCUGACAGAAUUCAAGCGAUUGAUAACUACAAUGCUCCGGACUCUGAGAAGUUUGUAUUCUUGUUAACUACGCGUGCAGGUGGUUUGGGUAUCAACUUGACCACGGCAGAUAUCGUUGUGUUGUUCGAUUCCGAUUGGAAUCCGCAGGCCGAUCUCCAGGCGAUGGACAGAGCUCAUCGUAUUGGACAGACAAAGCAAGUCAAGGUUUUCCGUUUCGUCACGGAGAAUGCUAUUGAAGAGAAGGUCAUCGAAAGGGCUUCUCAAAAGCUCAGACUAGACCAGUUGGUGAUCCAACAAGGUAGAAACUCCGGCGGAAUCUCCAACGAAUUGCAACAGAAGGCGAAACAGGCCAGUUCUAAGGAAGAGCUGCUUUCUAUGAUUCAGCAUGGUGCAGCGGCCGUUUUCCAAGAGGGCAAGAAGGACGAAAAGACAACGAUUGACGAUGACGAAAUCGAUGCAAUUCUUAAGUCCUCUGAGGAGAGAACAGCUGUUUUGCAGUCUAGAUUUGCCAGUCUGGGCUUAGAUGAUCUUCAGAAUUUCACCACCAAUGACUCCUCAGUUUACGAGUGGGAUGGUAAGAAUUACAGCAAAAAACCAGUUUCAAAUGGUGCCAUCUCAUUAGCCUGGAUCAAUCCUGCCAAGCGUGAACGGAAGGAAAACUACUCUGUUGAUAUGUAUUAUAAAGGAGUUUUGCAUACUGGAGGAAGAACUACAGCAAAGUCUGGUCCUCGGCCCCCAAAGCAGCUGAACACGUUCGAUCACCAGUUCUACCCCGCAAGACUGUCUGAGAUCUACGAUCUCGAGAAGGCUUACUUCAAGAAGCAGACAAAAUACAAGCCAGUUCUAUCCGACAGCAAGCACCUGACCCAGAAGCAAAAGCAGGCUGAUCUGAGAUUGGAAGAGCUAGAAAUCGAGCACUCUAGACCUCUUACUGAAGAGGAAGAGGCUGAGAAACAAGAACUAGCUAAUGAAGGAUAUAGCAACUGGUCCAGGCGUGACUUCACCCAUUUCAUUCAUCUGUGUGCAAAGUAUGGUCGUGACAGUUUUGAGGAGAUUGCUUCGGAGUUUGAGGACAAAACCAUUGAGGAUGUGAAAGAGUACUCGGAAGUUUUCUGGGAAAACUAUGGCCAGAUCGAUGGACAUGAGCGCUAUAUUUCGCAAAUCGAACAGGGUGAAGAGAAGUUGGCAAUCAAAAGGGUUCAAAAGCAAGCACUCAGGCAUAAACUGUCACAGUACCACUUUCCUCUACAGGAAUUGGUGUUGGAGUACCCUCCAGCGACGACUAACAGAAGGAUUUUCAGCGAAGAGGAGGAUAGGUUCUUACUGGUUCAGCUGUAUAGGUUUGGAAGCGAUCGCGAAGAUACUUUCGAACUGAUCCAGAAGGAAAUAUUCAAAAGUCCCCAGUUUCAGUUUGACUUUUUCUUCCAGAGCAGAAGCAUUUCUGAACUCAGCAGACGGUGCACUACUCUGUUAACCUGUCUCCUCAGAGAGUACGAGCCAGGCACCAAAAAGACCAAGUCCAAAAAGCCUACGAAGAAGAGAAAGCCAGUGAAGGCGGCGAAGAAUGCAAAAAGACAAAAACGAUAG